AGUCAGCCGGUCGGGAGGAAUUGAUGGUGUCUUUUCGGGGGAGCAGAGCCGAGGGGAGGAAUCUGAAUGCGCUCGGCUGAACCAUGCCAGCCUUGUGGAUCAUAACUUUGGCGAUCACUUUGAACCAAGUGUGGUGCGUUCGUUUCUCCCAGGAGCCCGCGGACCAGUCGGUGGUACUGGGAGAACGGGUGGUGCUGUCCUGCGUGGUCUUCAACUACAGCGGCAUCGUCCAGUGGACCAAGGACGGCCUGGCCCUCGGCAUCGGCGAGGGUCUGCGCGCCUGGCCCAGGUACCGUGUGCUGCGGGCUCUGGACAUCGGCCAGUACAACUUGGAGAUCUCCAAUGCAGAGCUUUCUGAUGACUCUCUGUACGAGUGUCAGGCCACGGAGGCCGCCCUGCGCUCCAGGAGGGCCAAACUCAAUGUGCUCAUCCCCCCCGAGGACCCGGUGGUCGAGGGAACCCCGGAGCUCCUGCUGAUGGCCGGGACUCCGUACAACCUGACCUGUGUGACCCGCGGGGCCAAGCCUGCGGCGCACAUCCAGUGGACCAAGGAUGGAGUCGCUGUGGAGGGAGCCUACCAGUCCACGGAGGUGCUGCCGGACAGGAAGAGGGUGACGACCAGGAGCUACCUGCCCAUUACACCAGUCGACACUGACAGUGGUUCCAACUUCACCUGUGUGGCCAGCAACCCGGCAGUGCCCAUGGGCAAACGAGCCACCGUCACCCUCAAUGUCCACCAUCCACCCACAGUGACGCUGUCCAUCGAGCCUCGCUCUGUCCUGGAGGGCGAGAGAGUCACCUUCACCUGCCAGGCCACUGCCAACCCUCCUAUCAUGGGCUACAGAUGGGCUAAAGGCGGCGUGCUGCUGGAGGGGGCGAGGGAGAGCGUGUUCGUCACCACAGCCGAUCACUCCUUCUUCACUGAGCCCGUGUCCUGUCAGGUGUUCAACGCUGUGGGAAACACCAACGUCAGCAUCCUGGUGGACGUGCACUUCGGCCCGAUACUGGUGGUGGAGCCCAGGCCGGUCACAGUGGAUGUGGACUCUGACGUCACUCUUAACUGCAAGUGGUCUGGAAACCCUCCUCUCACCCUCACCUGGACCAAAAAGGGCUCCAGCAUGGUGCUCAGCAACAACAACCAGCUGUAUUUGAAGUCAGUGAGCCAGGCUGACGCAGGCCAGUAUGUCUGCAAGGCCAUCGUACCCAGGAUUGGAGUGGGAGAGACUGAGGUUAUGCUCACUGUCAAUGGUCCCCCCAUCAUCUCCAGUGAUCCGGUCCAAUACGCUGUCAGAGGGGAGAGAGGCGAGAUCAAGUGUUACAUCGCCAGCACACCCCCGCCUGAUAAGAUUGUCUGGGCAUGGAAGGAGAACGUGUGGGAGAAGGAGAAGGGCACCCUGAUGGAGAGGUACACCGUGGAGCAGAGUAAACCUCCGACCCAGGGCGGGGCCGUUCUCUCCACGCUCACCAUCAACAACGUCAUGGAGUCUGACUUCCACUCGCCGUACAACUGCACCGCCUGGAACUCCUUCGGCCCCGGCACCAUGAUCAUCACCCUAGAGGAGACAGAUAUUGUUCCAGUGGGAAUUAUCGCCGGUGGUACGGUGGGCUCCUCCAUUCUGCUGCUUAUGUUUCUACUGGCACUCGCCUUCUUCCUCUACCGCCAACGCAAAGGCAGUCGCCGGGGUGUCACACUCGGUAAACCAGACAUCAAGGUAGAAACGGUUAACAAAGAGACCCACAGCCUGGAGGAGGAGGCGACAAACGUCUCUACAGCAACCCGGAUGGUCAAGGCCAUGUACUCUCCAUUCAAAGACGACAUGGACCUGAAGCAGGACGUCCGGAGCGAGAGCGACACCCGCGAGGAGUACGAGCUCAAGGAUCCAACCAACGGCUACUACAACGUCCGAGCCACCACCCACGAUGAGGCGCGCCCCCAGUCACGUGCCAUCCACUACCAGGGAGAGUUUCGCUCGCCAAACCCAAGUAGCGGGCCGGCCGGUGCCACAUCCAGCGGACCCUCAGCUGCCCCCAGCGGUGCAGUUCCCCCAAGCGGUGUGCCAGGCUCAAGGACAGGCUGCUAUGACCCCCGCCCGCCUUCCAGGAUGUCCCAUGCCACCUACGCCCAGUUCAACACCUUCUCCAGGGCGGCGCAGAGCCAGCAAGCUCCUCCCAAUCCGGCACUUCAAUCGCCUGGAGAUUAUCCGGGAGACUGCGGCCUGCUGGACAACACAACCCAGCUGGCCUAUGACAACUACGGAUACCCCUCCCAGUAUCCCAGCUACCGCAUGGGCUUUGCUCCGCCCAUAGAGGAAGGGCCAGCCUAUGAGAUGUAUCCAACUGGACAAGGGACCGGGCCAGGGCCGGGGCCGGGGCUGGGGCCGGGGCCAGGACCGGGGCCGGGACCGGGGCCAGGGCCGGGACCAGGGCCGGGCCCAGGACAGCAAAGUCCUGAAACAGGGCUGGGGAAGUAUGGAAGCUCCACUCGCUUCUCGUACUCGUCUCCCCCCUCUGACUAUUCCCACAGACACACACAGCGGAUGCAGACUCAUGUGUGAGAAACACAUACUCACUCUUUGGCUCGCUUUUUUUUGCAGCAGUACUUACUACACAUAAAAAUACCUACCUUUCUAUACAUGCGCAUUCAAGAAUCUGUUCUCUCUUUCCAUGGCAACCAGUGCAUGGAAUUUGGUUAAUUUUCUGAACCAAUAAAACACAACA